AUGGAUAUGAGUGUGGCACGUGAAGCCGGUGGCCUGUUGACUAGUGUUAAAGAUUUUUAUUUAUGGCUCGAAGCACUUUUCGGUAGUACAUCGUCAAAACAUUUAAUUAAACCUAUUCUUCUAAAACAAAUGAUAACGCCGUCCCGCGUAUCCAGAAAAAAUCCGUAUGGUUGGGAUGGCUAUGGCUAUGGUCUGGCAAUUAGUGACGAUGGUAAUGUCAUAGAACAUAGUGGUGAAGUGUAUGGUUUCGAAACAUAUUUUAAACGUUUAAUGAAAGAACAGAUCAAUAUUAUUCUAUUUUCAAAUAUAUUUGAAGGUCCAGUUGGCGAUUACGCCGACCAUAUACAAAAUAUAUUAACCACAAAUGAAGAAGGUGAAUUUGAUACGAACAUACUUCGGCAACGAUUUAAUACAACAUUGAAAACAAAAAAAAGAUUUAAAAAUAAAUUUGUAUCAUAA